AUAUAUUCACAAUUUGUAGGUAGUACAAGAACUGAAAAAUAAUUUUUGGUUGCCAGUAUACCUGUAGUCGUUGCACUGAUCAGUCGAUAGUUUUGUGAUAAAUUAUUUCUCAAGUGAAUUAAAUUAUUAACCAUGGGACGUGAUUCUAGAAAGGUUUCAAGAGAACUUCGGAGUUCUGAAAAAAUUAAUAAGUCGCGUUCAGUCAAAAGAAAGAAUGUUUUUAAUCCGAAAACAGCCGAACGUGAUGAAAGUAUUCAGAGUACAUCUUCUAAAAAAUUAAAACAAAACACUGAAGAUGAUGUACCUGAAGACAGCAGUACUGAAUUUCGAAUAAUAAAUUUUAUUCAGGUAUUCACUGCAAUUUCUGCUCUUAUAAAAUGUAAAAAAUGUGAUGGAAAUGUAGUGUUUCAAACAGCAAGUACACGUGGGCUGGGAUUCAAAAUUGUAGUUGCAUGUAAUAACUGUGGAAAUGAAUAUAUUCCUUCCUGUUGAAAAUAUGAAAUCUGCUAUAAUGGCAACCUUUUAUCACUACGGCUCGAGUGAUGAAAAACCGAAUCAUGAUAUGUGUCCAAAAGGCGAAGAAUCUUGGUGCUCUUACCAGCGCGCUGAAGCAAGAGGAGAGCUUGAUACCUAUUCUCACGAUUAUUCUCCCUUACCUUCUGAUGUUUUAAAAGCUAUCAAGCCUAUAUACGAAGAUCUUAGUAAUGAAAAUUUACUUUCAAGAUGUGUAGGUGGAUUCAAUCAGAAUAAUAAUGAAAGCUUUAACCAACUAGUAUGGAAAAUAUGCCCAAAAACGGUAAAUACUAGUUUUACUAUCGUACAAAUAGCUGUAUACGUUGCUAUGUGUAUAUUUAAUGAGGGUAUAAAUUCAUUAUUAGUCUUGAUGAAUACACUAGGACUUAAUUGUGGGCCUAAUUCUCAUCGGUAUGCAGAAAGAAUGGAUGCUGCACGUAUCAAAGUAGCAGAUAAGCGCGCUAAUGAUAACGCCCGAGAAGGUCGAUUGCAACGUAGGCACCAGCAAAUCGAUAUUUUGGAAGCUGCUAUGACGGCUGAAGAGCUAUUAUAUGGUCCAGGAAUAGAUGACUCAGUAUGAAUCUCCAAGGACUUAUGAUGAUCACCGCAAAGGACUUCGGGAGGAACGGGCUCUACAAAAACAGCGAUAACUUUUUGAAUUAUUAAUUUUUUUUUUUGAAAUUUUCGUGAAGUCAAAUCGAAACGUGUUCUAAUAAAGCUAUGUUUUUAUUUUUGUCAAAUAAAGUAAUUAACUACAAAAAAAAAAUUAUUGAAAAUCAUCAUUUUUUCAGGCCUCUGAGUACCCCU